CGCACACAAUCACACCCAAAUUACUCACGCACCCAUACAGUUGCACAGAGUUGUCCGCCAUCUUAGUUGCGUGUUGUCUUCUCUCAACUUCUGAACUGAAAAUUAAUAAUAAAACGCAUUUAAAGCGAUGCCCAAUUAAGCGAAACACAAAAAAGUGCUACAAAAUAUAUUCACCUACAGCUGAGAGAUCGUCUGGAGUUUGCAACUAAAAGAUUUCAAGGCGAAAAUUGCAUUUGAAAGUGGAAUUGCAGGGCGAAGAAAAAAUUUUGCUGCAAGAAAAAUUCCCAGGUCUGUGCUGGCGUAAUUGGCAAUAUCAAAUAACGAAAGUCAGGCGACGAACCAACAACAACAGCAAGUACCAGGCACCAAUCAGUAGCAACAGAAACAGACGGGACAGCGGGGACAGACAGAACGAGGAGAGGACCAACAGACGAGAGCGGCAACGGCUUCACAUUGGACAUGUCAUGUCAGCAAGCGUCCAGAUUUCAUCCAGCCACAACAGCAACAGCAGCAGCAGCAGCACUAGCUAGGAACACAGCCACCAAAAGAAUUGCCACAGCAGCAGCGGUAGCAAUAAGCACAGCAGCAGUCGCAACAGCAGCCACGCUGACGCCAGGGGAGAGCGUCGCCGGCAAGACGACGACAGAGGACUCGGAUCCGUAUGCAUUCACAGAGACCGUUUCAGUCGCGCCGCCAAUUCUAUUCAAUGCACAGAAAUCGCGAGCCCGCUUAAGCGAAAACAACAACAAGAGCAACAGCAACAGCAACAAUAGGAGGCUAGCAGCAACAGCUGGGGCAAGCAACAGAAAGGCCACUCUUGCGGCACAGCUGAAUGCCACAGCAGCAGCAGUAGCAGCAGCAGCAGCAGCAGCAGCAGCAACAACAACAGCAACCGCAAAGGCGCAGGCGUCUUUAGCAACAACAACAACAGUAACAGCAACAACGAAUUUCAAUAAUGUCACGCAAUCUCAGAGACAGCAGCCAGCUUUGUCGCCGGCGCAGUUGCCGCUGCAAGCGCAAGCGUCACCGAAGCGGGCUACCAACGUCUGCAUCGUGCGGCCGCAGCAACAGCAGCAGGAGAAACUAGCAGCAGAGGCAUGCCAGCAGCCGCCCACACCACCUACGCCGCCGCCACCUCUCUACUCCCAUACGCCUUCGCUGUGGCAGACGCCGCUCAUUCUGGACAUCAGCCAGAAGCAGCCGCAGCACCCGUACCAGCAGCAGCAGAACCAUCAUCAGCUCCAGGCUGUGUCCAUUGCAUUGGCCAGUCCGCCUACAUCGCCCGCCUCGUUACCCUCGCCCACUUUGACACCCACAGCAGCUGUGACCGCCAUGGUGUCACCGAUUGUCUCGCCCAAGGGUGGCCUGCCCCUGCCGCCGUCGAAGUUCCAUCACACCACAUUGGCCCAGCACUUGCAGAAGGUGGAGUGCCUCAAGAAGAAAAAGUCCUUGCCGCUGACAUGCCAGAACAACAAUAACAAUAACAAGCAGCAUAACCACAUGGUAGAGUCAUUGAACAAGACGAUAGGGACAGGGACAACAACAACGUACAACCUGACACAACCGCCACCACUGACGGUGUUCAAUACGGGAACAGUCCAAGCGGCGGCUCCUCCGCCAGCAGCAGCCGGUCCUCCACAGAAACAGAAACAUUCCACCAGCACCUUGGAUGACAGUGAUCUCAAUGAGAUACCCGUCAAUGUUAUCUUUCGCAAGCCGCCAGUCUUGAUGGCCGGAACAGGAGUAGGAGGAGUAGCAGCAGGAGCAGCAGCACCAGCAGGACAAGCCCAGCCGAAUGGAGUCAAGAUGUUGCUACCCACGCCGCCGGCAACUCCACCAGAGGUGACAACGCCACCGCUACUGGCUCAUCGACUGCCGCAGUCGCAGCACCAGCAACAGCAGCCUGCUGUUUGCAUCCCAGCUUUGGCUCCCAGCUCGAAAGCUUCUGCUCCAGUUGUUUCCCUGGGAUCUGCUGGACGUUCUGCGGGUACUCUGCUGGUCGUCUCAGGAGGCAGCACCCCUGCAGCAGCCACCCAGGCAACGUCUUCGCUUCACACACCUCUCAACCCGCCCGUUAAUCCUGCAGCAUCCAUCAAAUCUGAACAAAUGUCUUCCAAAGUUGCCAAUGCUAAUGCUGCCGUCAAUGCAAACGCCGCGCCAAAACGUCAAACGCCAGGAGCUGCUGCUGGCGGCAGAAGAGGCAACAACAACAAAACCAACAAUGCAGCGAGCGUCGCCAAGAAGAAUUUAGCGUCAAAGCCACCUCCACCACAGGAUCUGAAACCGAAUCCGCUUCUACCCCCCAUACCCAUUGCAGACAAGACAGAACCUGCUGUCCGCCAGCGGCGUCGCAAGGCCGCCUCCAAGCGCUACUCUGCGACGAUCAACGAAAAUGAGACGACGGACAAUGCGACAGACUCGCCGUACUGUUUGCAGCAGCAUUGGAUGCACGUCACCGGCAGGGAUAUGAUCCUUGACUUUCCCCUCUCGCCCAGCAAUCGCCGGGAGGAACGGAUUGCCGUCCGCAAGGGUAUGCUGAGGCGGCAGGCGUUGCAGCUACAGUCCACUCGAUCUCUGCAGGAUUUGCCAGUGCGAGCGGCCCGCCAGCGCCUCCAGUGCGUCCAAAAUAUGCUGGUCAAAUAUCAGGAUCACGCAGGACAGCAGCAGGGCAUAGGGAUUGGCAAUCGCUGCCUGGUGUCCACCUGUAAAAAGCCCACGCUCACCAUGGCCGCCCACUGCGAGCGCCAUAUUGUGAACAACAGCACGCAGCAGCUGUUCCAGCCGUGUGCGGCCUGGCUCAUGGAUGGCACCGCCUGCCUGGCGCCUGUCUUCGAUGUCCUGCAUACGUUGCCCCUGUGCACAAUCCACAGCCACCUUCGUGCCGGCCUGGAGAUGGUCCGGCCAAUGGCCAAGCUGACGGCCGUGAAUCUGCCAUUGGCAGUGGCAACACCCGCAGCGGCCGUGCCGGCCAAGCGCAAACGCAAGGCGAAUCCCAAUCCUGUGAGUCGGCCGCAGAAACGGGGCAGGAAACCGAACACUGAGCAUCAGAUGAGCCACCAAAUUAGUAGCCAGCCUACCACGCUACCGGUGAUGCCGCCGGUAGUGAUGCAGCGAAAGAGCAGCACCACCUCGCUGGAGUCCAUAGCCAGCAAUUCGCAGUGUUCCUCGGCCAACUCUCAUUCCCAGCUGUCCUACACGCCGCUCACGCCCACGCCCACGCCAACGCCAACGCCAAUGCAAACGUUCACACCCGCGCCAGUCCCAGUAUCUGUGCCACCGCCACCCGGUUUGCCACACUUGUCCAUACCGCCGGCGCUGGCUCCACUCAGCGGGGAUUACCAACCGAAGCAGCAACAGCAGCAUCAGCAGCAACAGCAGCAUCAGCAGCAACAGCAUCAGGCGCUGUUUAAAUUCGAGGCUGAUCCGCAUGUGCAGCAGUUGGAGAGUGGCCUCAGUAUGCUGGCCAGUGCCAAUAUCAAUAUCAAGGCCGAAGAGAUUAACCAAAUUGUGGCACAGCUGGCGGCGGCUGGUGGGGAUCUGCAGCCGCAAAGCAACCUGCACAACAACAACAAUAGCCUACACUUUAACAACAACAACAUGAGCUACAGCAACAACAAUAGUUUCCCCUCGUUCAACGCUGCCUUCGGCAAUGCCAUUGGUCAGCCCACGCACAACGGCCACCAGACGGCCCUGGCCCUGGCCAACACGGCGAAUCUGUUGGGGCAGGACAUGUUCGGUAUAUGCGAGAACAGCUCGGCGUACGCCAGUUCCGAGGACACGGGACUGGGUGGCCUGAGCGAAUCGGAGCUGAUUGGCGCUAACGAUGCUGAUGACAUAGCAUUGAAUGGCGCCCACUUGCUGGAGGAGCACGAUCUGGUAAAUGUGUUCGACACGCUGCCGGACGAUGCCUUCAACGAGCUCUUUCAAUCCGUGCAACAAGCCGAGUGCGAGGCCAUGGAUCGGGCGCUCGAGAUCGCCGACAAGAACCUCAAGUGUCUGCAACAGACGAUUGUCGGCUCAGAGGAUAACGACCUGCUUAGCGAUUUCCUCGAUGAUAUGUUAGCCGACGGGGUAAUUAGCUCAACGAACACGUCCGGCAUCGAUGCCGCCACGCUGUUCGUCGACAGCAGCAGCGGCGGCGGCACCAGCAGCAGCAACAGUGCCAACAGCAGCUGCACGCCGGCCUCCGCCUCCGUGGCAGACAUACGCGGCUUGGUGCAGACCUAAGACGCGGUGGUCCCGGCCGAGGACCAGAUCAAAGGCUAUAGCUGGCACACGGCUAGCGUCACUUUCAAGAGAUCUUUCGAGCUAUGAACUGCACUUUCUUCUGAGCAGCUUUCGUGAAGAGUUUAGGUGUUUUCGGCAAAUUUCUCACCAGAUUCUGGUUCGGCACACACUUCUAUAUAAAUGCUGCUCGAAUGUAUGUAUCUUUAUAGUAUAUGCGCCUGCACAUAUGCAUAGGGAAAUCGUAUAGAUAUGGGUUAAAUGUAAAAAUCAAAAACAAACAAAAAAAAA